UCAGUUGGUACCAACUGCGCUAGAGAGACACAAGCUGGAGGAGGAUGGGCUUGUUUUUCUCAUCGCCGAGUUGCUCUUCGGAGCAGAUUUCGACACCAUAUUCACCUGAUUUUUCUUCUAAUCAUCAUUCUACCGAAAAUGUAACUUCUCAGGCUCGUGAAAAGCGUUCUGUAGCUUGUCAGACUGAUGGGGAUCCUGGUGUGACUCAGCCAGCUAUUGAGCAGCUGUCGGUUGUGGAUCCAUAUUGGGAGGUGCUGGACCCCAAACCUGAUAUCCACGCCCUAUUUAACGAGUUUAAUAAGAGAUUCUUUCGUGGACUGUUGCCGCCAAUUGACCUUAAAUGGAGUAACAGGUUAUGCAUCACUGCGGGAAUUUGCAUCCAAGAUAAUAUAAGUGGAAAAUGCAGAAUUCGCCUGAACAAACCUCUCCUUGAUUUACGACCAAGGAAAAAUACAGUGGAAACGCUCCUGCAUGAAAUGAUCCACUACUACCAGCGACUCAGAGGAACAAGUGAUAUAGAUCAUGGCGCAACCUUUCAUUUUCACAUGGAACGAAUCAAUAGAGAAAGUGGCGCAAAUAUUACGGUCUAUCAUGAUUUUGAUCGAGAAUACGAGUCACUGAAGCGCCACUGGUGGAAAUGCAAUGGUCCCUGUGCACAAGUAGUGAGGCGGCUUGCGGACAGGACUCCGGGCUCCAAGGCGCACAAGCGCAAAUGUGGAGGAGAAUUUAUAAAGGUCCGAGAACCAAAGAGAAUGAGAACUGACCUAUAG